ACACAAUUCAGUUCGGUCGUGUGCGCGACGCAGCGCAGUCGCACCGCGUUCCCACGCCCAAUAUACAAAAAUACAACAAAAUAACCCACAAAAACCCCACCAAUAACCGCCCAAAUGAAAACCCAGGAUACAAACACAUGUGAUACAGUGUUACGAAACGUGCUUCAGUCACCAAAAUGUGAUUAAACCUGUGAGUGUUCAGCUUUACAACGACUAUCGUGAAUAAUGAUAUGUAACAUUUAGUUCUGGGAUAAAUCGUAAUAGUGUACUUUUAAUCGUGAAUAAAGAACAGUCGAAAACAAAUGUGUGAAUGUUCUGCGCGUGAGUCAUGGAGCGACCCAGGCACACGCCCAACCGGCCGACUAUCAGACACUUCCACAACCAGCCGGAGCUGCAGAGGGGCGGAUUCUGCUUGAUGCUGAGGUGGAUAUUCUUCGUGUGGCUGGCCAGCUGUGGACCUUUGGGCAAUACUGUCAAGCAAGAUGGUGGCUGUACGUUCCCCCCUCGAUGGCAUGGCCGUUGGUUUCAAUCCGGGGUCAUUCAGCCAAUCAUCAUCGAAGGUGACCGCCUGUCCAACAAGGGCAAGUGCGUCUCUUCUGAAGGCGACAAGUUUCUUAUUGUUGACGAGAAAGGAUGUUAUCGUUGUGUUGUGAUGCAUGAAAAGCAUCAAAACGUUCUCCAGUAUAAAGAAACGUUCUGCUACCGCCGCGACGCCCUGCCCCACCUGUGCACGCUCAUCACCGGAGACGCUCUCCUUUACUCCAUGUUCAGGGAGAAUGCGGACCCCGUCGACUGUCCCCUUAGGGGCCCCUUCUCCUUCACCUACAACAGAGGUCAUGGUGACUGUAAGAGUCCCGUGUCGUCGAUCGAGAGCUGCACUGAAGAUUCCAGACUCCUCCUCAAUUACCAAGCCUGUCCUGACGUCCACGGCUCUGAAAGCACAGUGGAGGAGCUGGAAUGCCUGGCGACGUGGAAGGAGGGCAGCCUACGGUUCCUGGUGGGGAAGCUGCAUCACAACCACGCGACCAGCAACGAGGACCGAUACCGGUGCUUCGUCUACGAGAAGACAAAUGGUAUUGCAUCAGGGAACGGUGCUAAAGAAGGACCUGUCACACCGGGGGGUGUAGAGUACAGAGUAGCUCAGUCCGGAGACGCGACCUGCAACGGGCUAUUCAGUGCCACUGAAGGCUCCAGGACUAUGGCCUUGAAACGAGUGUCAGUCCGCUUCAACUGCCAGUUCCCGUCGUGGAUGACGUUCUCGCACACGUGGCACACCCUGGACUUCAGCAGCAACUACACCUUCUACCAGCGUAACGCCACCCUGAGGAUCACAAACGCGACUGGCGCCGAUAUCAAGGUGUAUUGCGUGAAUGUUAAAGCCAGUUCUCCCAGUGGGAACUCAGUGGCUUUGGUAGCACAUUGGCAACAUCAUUGUGUCUCCCGCUACGUCUGCGUGGUGCUAUACAGGCGGGACACUUACAUCGCGGAGCUGCAGCGAGGGACCCCCACCACCAGGCCAGAUGACGCAUGUUCUCCUCAUCACUUCAACGCAGUGACUGCGGCUUAUGUCACUUUAGUUGCAAGCAAUCCAGAAUCAAAAGAAUGUCCUUAUUCUGGAAAGUAUACAAUACAGAGUAGCAGACACAAGAGGGAUGUGAGAUCACAAGAGAGUGAUACAGAAAGUAGGAAUAAGCGAGAGAAAGCAAUGUUUGAACAUAAUCGUAGUGUUAACGGAACUAGGUUGUUCAAUUUUAGUGUAAGAAAUGUGUCGAAUACUCCUAUAUUGAGGAGUAGGAGGCAGGCGGAGGGAGAGGUGGCGUGCUUCGCUAGCAACUAUCAUAGGCUGGAGGUUGGGUGCAACUCUGUGAAGAAUAUGGAGUUCUAUUCCACGUGUCAGAAUAAAGAAGUUGUUACAGCGUACACAUGCCACGGUGGUUGGUACGAGGACGGCGCGUCGUUCGUGGUGACGACGCCGCUGACGCGCGACAGCACGGCCGCGCGCCGCUACUGCUUCAUGUCGCGCGACGCGCGCGGCGGCUCGCUGCUCGUCACGCGCUCCGCCACCAACUGCGAGCGAGGCGAGGCCUCCACUCAGCUCUUGUUCACUACUCUAGGGGAAUGUCAAGAUCAAACCAGCUACCAGCCCAUCCAGAGGAUAUCGUCUCCACUCCUCCCCUUAGCAAUCGUGAUACUUCAGUAUAUCAUACCGAGAUGAUUCGAAAAAGGCUAAUAAAAUUAUAUAGUUGUUUUAGAAACCCUUAACCUUGUAAUUAUAGCUUAGGACAAAAAUGUAGACGAAACAAUUUUAAUUCUAAGUAUUUCCACAAGUAGUUUGUUUGGUGAUGGCGCUGUCAUCGCUUACCGAAAGUGCGAAUGCACAUUUUUAAAUACUACUAGUUAUUCACACUUUUAAAUAAACAUUUGUAACGAUUUAAACAUUCACAAGGCUUUUGUAAUAUAUUUGUAUUGAAACACUUUAUACAAUUGAUGUAACUUGUAGUUACGCACACCAGCAAACAAAUUACUUGUAUUUUUAGAGGGGCUAUGUUUUGUAUAUUGUAGACUAAUUAUUUUGUUAAUAUUUCUAUUUUGUGUUUAGUUAUUUCAUUUUAUUAUUUCGUGCUUCUUAUUUUGAUGAUUGUUUCAUAAUAAAAAUAUAUAAGUAUACUAAUAUCAAUUCUAAUAAACUGUAAUGUAUAUCAUAGAUAGUUUCAAUCGCCUGAAUGAAGUCAUCUAAUUAUUAACAAAAUGAUUUGGGCUUUACCUCAGUAUCUAUGAAAUGUUAAAUAGUACCUAACACCUUUAAUGAUUUUGUAUUUUGUUGUACUUCAUAAAACUUACUAUAUUUUAGUUUUAAUUUGUAUUCUAUUUUGUAAGAACAUAAAUAAUUUACUUUUCAUAUGAUAUAUACGUAUCUAAUGAAUGUCUCUAACAAAUCUACAACUUCAAAUAAUAUUUUUGUCUUAAGAAUCGCAAAGUUUAUUUAUUCUUCAACAAACAGCUCAAUCAGAUAUCUGUUUCUUUAGAUCGUACUAACAAAAACGGCUUGAAAAUUAAUAGGAUUUUUUAGUCAAAAGAAGAUUAAAAUAAUUAUGAAUAUCUUCAAUGCUAAGGUGAUCUUGUCUUGAAAAUCGGGAUUAGUGUAUUGUUUUUUUUUUAAUGCGAAAUUAUGAUUUAUUUGUAAUCUUGUACAAAGAAAUAUUAUAUCCUUAAAGACAUACAUUUUGUAAUUAAUUACACUGUUUGAUAGUUGACGCGAAUGGUUGUGAAUAACGUUUCUUGUUGCAUCGGUUUUAUAGGAUUUUCGAGACUAACUACUUAUAUUUAGUAUCGUCACUCAAUAGUACUCAAUUUUAUUGUACUUGACGAUAUUACUACGAAUAUGCUAUGUAUUUGUAAUGUGACUUUAUACAAGUGCAACUUAAUACCUAUACUUAGAUACAUUAUUUCGUUAAAACCCCCUAAAAAUAGUACAAGUUUAAUUAAAAUGUGUUUAUAUUCUUUCAAUUGAACAGAAGUGUCUAUGUGUUUGCUUAUUUAAAUUGAAGGUUAUUUAUAUAGGUUAUUACCUACAUAAAUCGCAUUAUAACUUUACCUUACCUAAACCAUAAUAAUUCGAUAGCCGCAUAUCGUAUAGAGUACAUGCAUGAAUUAAGUCAUUUAUGUUAUAUACACAACGCAUUAUACAUAUUUAAAAAUGGCAAUUAAGUAGAAUGAAAAUAGCUCAAAAUAUGUAUAAACAAAAGUUAUUAUUUCCGAAAUGAGAUUUCCAACGCCUUAUGUAACAUUUUUUAGAAAUUGAUCAAAUGUAGAUUUUUUAUAAAUAGAUGGACUUUUUAAAAAAAUAUCGAGGCAGCAAUGUGCAUUUAGUUAAAACAACCACGAAAAUUUCCUUUUUUCAUAUACGUAUCACAAUUAUCUACUGAAACUAAACCAAUUAAGCACUUUUUAUUUAAAUUUCAGUAUAGGUAUUUAUGUGAACAAAAAUCAUACAUAAGAAGCUUAAGUAUGUACAAAAUUAUCAUAAUACGUUAUGUAGCUAGAAUAAUUUAGCUGUAUUUUUAAUUUCUAAACCUACUUAUACAAAAAAUGACAGUACAUGAAAAUAGGUGCCUGGUAAAUUUAUCAAACCAUUAGAAAUUUUCUCAAUUCUCAUUAUUUAUAUGUAUAUUUUUGUUUUAGAAAGAAAUCAGUAACUAUAGACACGAUUUUUCUAGAUAACAAAAAUUGUUAAUAUCGCGCCAUUUAAUGGUUGCUUCUUUAAUGACUAUUUGUUACAACUAUUUUCAUGGGAAAGCUAUAUUUUCCCUAAUCAAGCAAUACUAUAGUUAAGCAUAGGUAAGAGUGAAUUUAGAUAAGUGAAAAACGAAUACUCAUUUUGAGAUCUGUGUAUGAUGUAGUUAAGAUCAAAAUCAAAUUAAGUAGUUAUAAAAUCGCGACAGCAAUAAUAUAUUUGUAUUUAUAGCUAUUGAGCGUUAAAUUUUUUAAUAGUUAUUAGACAGUUGUGAAUAAUGGAGCUAGCGAUUGUUAUUUUAUAAUGUAACAGAGACUAUUUCUUUGUGGAAGCGUUUCUCAUGGGAAAAUUCGCGGGAAUACUUUCCUGUAAUUUUUUCUUGAGCUAUUACGUCAUCGUUAUGUUUCCAUUGUGUGAUAUAGAUACAUUAAAAAUAAUUAAGUACAUAGUCGUCAGCAUGGAUUAUAAUAAACAGCGAAAUUUA